CCAUGAUGGCUGAAGAUCCUGGCGGAACAUUUUUCAAUUUCUCUCUCAUUUUCUUUUCUUUCUCUCUACCUCCGCUUGCCAUAGAGACAUGGCAGGACUCACAGGCUCGUUAAGCGUCCACAGAUCAUUGGUGUCGACAUGCCCAAGAAAGGGAACCGAAAACGGCUGAAAUUUCGGGCCGGGGACGUUUGUUCGGAAUCAGUGACCGUUGCUGAUUAUGCUGAUGCCGACCCAGCCGUCGUGAAGUCAGGGAGGGUGAAAAAGGCUGUUGCAAAUGCAGUUGAAAAAGAAGUAAAAUUACUCUGCGGCCUGGAAGCAUCUCAGGGUGCAGUAGAGGAAGUCGUCUCGUCUGCAGCGAGCGUCAAAGCUGAUGCUUUGGACAGCAGCGAUGACCUAGGCCCCGAAGAAGAUGGAGAAUAUGAAACUAAAGUGUCCCGCAAGAAGAAAAACAAGAGGAGAAAGGAAAGCAGUGAGAGCAGUGAUGGGGGGGAAUAUCCAGUGGAUAUUUGGCUAGUGCUGGCCUCCUACAUUCGGCCUGAGGAUGUGUGCAAAUUUGCUCUAAUCUGUAAGAAUGCCUGGACAGUCACAUGCACUGCAGCUUUUUGGACCAGGCUCUACAGAAGACACUACAGGAAUGAUGCUGACCUGCCAUUUCGUCUCCAGCCCGACUCUAUCCACAGAAUGCGCUGUUUACGGGCACGUGUGAUUCGUUCCCUUUUCCACUUGUAUGAGCCAUUCGACUUGCGAGUCUCGAAAAUUCCUGCCCUGCCAGAAUCCACGCCCACAACCUUGCUGAACUCCAAGUGUUUACUAUUCUGGGUCAGAAAGGUGUCAGGUACUCGGCCAGAGGCGCUGUGGGAGUUCAACUUCAAGUUUAAAAAGCAGCAGGGACACAGUAAGAAUGGUUGUGCCAAGUCCUUGCGCAUGCCGAGACAAUACGAAGAUGUCCACACAAACCCAGACUCUGACUGCUACGUGCUUCAGGUCACCACACUCAACUUCAUUUUCACCCCUGUGGUCAUGGGCAUGACGCUGGCCUUGUUCACAAUCAGUGUUAGCACAGACAUGCGCCACCACCGCGUUCGUCUGUUGUUUCAGGACUCGCCGCUCCAUCGGGGGAAGAAGAGGGGCGAUCAUGGUGGGACCCAGGUUGUAUUGGAUCCCGUACACAGUGUGAGGCUCAUGGACUGGUGGCAUCCUCAAUACCCCUCCUCACCCUACACAUAGGAGUCCUGACCUCUCAGUUCCUACUAUAGCAAAGCGUCACCUUAAGAACCCUGCUCUUAUCUCAUCCCACUCAACAUACACAAAUAUGAAAUUGCAGAACCCAGGCUUAUAUUCAAAGACAAAGUUUUUGUACAUUCACAUUUCGAUCGACAUUGUUAGAUGUUAAAUAAAGCUAACAUAGUCUGGCCUCCCACCUUCCAGUGUCAAAUAUUUAAACAUAGAUCCUCCUGCAUUGGCAGUGGACAUAAAUCAUGCACUAUGACAAGUAGGGCUUGGUAAUAUGGAAAAGGGGGGGGAAGACUCAUGCUAACCAGAAAAGCAGCAGUAAUUGUUUUGGUAUGUUUAUAUAUGAAAAACUACAUCAUAUUGUUUAGUAGUUUCUCACUUUGGUCAGCAAAGAAAUGGAAAGUCAAACUAUUUCAGAUGGCAUUCUCAAGAAUUUCAGAAGUAGUGUAACUAUACAGUUUAGUUUUGCAUUGUUUUGCACAAAAGUGCAUUAUAUUUCCCAAUAUAGAAACUCCUGUGAUAUGAUCACAGUGAUAGUUGAUAGAUGAUAAAUGGUGAUAUAUUGCUCAGCCCUGCAGACGUGGGACAGAGGAACCUGUACAUUUGCCAGUUGCAUAAAGAGACUCGCAGGUCUGCCAUUAUUUUUACAUAGACAACAUUGUUGCAUGUUGAACCUACAUGUGUGACACAUUUCCUAGAAUUUUUUUUUUAAAACUUGUGGAUUAACAGGUUUGAACAGUUGUACCAUCCUCCUGUGGUUUGUUUUUAUGCUUACUUGAAAAGUUACUCUUGUGUUUUUUUGAAUUUUGACAAUGUUGCAGAACAGAUUAUGAUUCUUUUAAAACCAUGUUUUUUUUCAUGAUGUAUUUAAUUCAAGGCACCCUCAUUUAGUAUUCAUGUGGAUAUUAAUGACACUGCUCUAUACUAAAGGGGCCAAAGUGAUGAUUUACCUCAGACAUCAUCUGCUGAUUUGGGCAGUGUUUCUUUGCUUUCUUGUGUUUCUUGGCUAAAAACAUCUUGAUCGUCUCCUUGCUGAUUUAUGUGAGCCAUGUCACCUACUGCCUCCUGUGGAAUCUCAGUCUCAACUCUUAAGUGGCUCAAAAUGUUUGAAGUGGUUUGUAUUAUGAGUGUUGAAUGUGAGUAGAACCAUACCAAUCACAUGCUUGAUUGUGAUGGGGAUAGAGCUACCAUAGACAUAGAUAACGUCAAUCCAUCAUACACAGUCAACAUAAUUUAACCUCGAUUGAUUUGCACUUAUACGUAUAUUGUGAAUGGAAAAAUCAUUCGUUUAGCCACUUACAUUUUACAUAAAAAGACACCUCUUGGCAGAAGACAGCUGGAUGUUUUGGUUAGCAGAUUGUUUUAGUGUUUUAUCAGAUUGAGCGGCACAUUGAUAAAUAAUCUUACUUCACUGAAAUAAAAAACUAAAACUGCCCAUUCAAAA